AUGCUCCUCACCACAGUACUCCUUCUGGCCGCUAUUUUUGGCGGUGCGGAGGCCGUUUGUGAUGCAGUCAAAUUUGACAUGUGCCAGCAAGCUUUUGCGAAAGAUAUCGGUGUAAAUGUGACCCUUGAUUGGACGAAACCCCUUCAACUACAAACCGCUAUUCAAAAUGCUUACAUUAACGGUUUGAACGGGAAACAGGGAUUGGUCGGCGUGUGCAAUGCCUACAAUCUUUUCAUGUUUUGUCUCUACAAUGAUGGCUUCACUUAUCGAGAGUGUUUUGAUCCUAUUUGGCUUCUCACGAUCAACAACACUGUCGUUUCCCCUCUUGACGCUCAACAAUAUGUGGGUGUGAUGGCGCAAGUCUCAUACCAAUGUGGAGCCGGUUUCUAUCCCGCUAUCGACAACUGGGCGUGUGUGCAAUCGGCGUACCAAAAUCAGAAUUCGACGCUCACGGGUUGUGUCAACACUUUCUUCAUCAAUUCACGAGGAAAUCCGGAUAGGACUUGCGAGUACUUCAAGACCGGAUUAUCUUGUUACGAGAAUGCCUUCCGAUUUUGCCACGAUGAGAUCAUGUACUAUGGAUGUGAGUCUUUCCGUAUUCAGGCUGUCAACAGCUACCCGGGAUGCAAGGACGCUUGCCAGGUGAGGCAAAACUAUGGCCUACCCGGGAUGAAAAUCGUCAACUCCGAGCGAUACGUGAAGUACGAGGAGAGAAUGAAAAACAGCAACGUC